AUGAAGUUUUAAAUCUUUUUAAUUAUUUCAUAACAAUUCCUUUAUUUUGCAUUCUCAGCUUGUAUUGAUCAAGCUCGAACCCCUUUAAUAAUUGGGAAAAUACCCUCUUGUCCAUUUUAUGAUGAUAAGCCAGUCUGUUGUAGACAGGAUAAUGUAGAUUAGAUGAUCUCUAAUUAUCGGUCUAUUGAUGCAACUUUUGGUUUAGAUGGAGGAGGAUGUGAUAUAUGUGGAGCUAAUUUAAAACGAUUUUGGUGCAUUUACACUUGUGAUCCAAAUCAAACCAAUUUCAUAGAGUACACAGGUCGAGCAAAUGUUACAGACCCUGCAAAUAAAAAUAGAUUAAUCGAAGUCCAGCUCGUAUCCCUAACAACAAAACCUCAAAUAGCAUGUGAAGUGUAUUCAUCAUGUUCUCGUACAUCAUUUGUCGGUCAAGUUUCUGCUAUGCAAUCUCCUGGAGGAUUCUUUAAUUUCUUAGGGGAAUAGGCUAUAACACAAGGACAACAAUUUAUUUAAUUUGAGUUUUCAGAUCAUAAUUCCAUGAUAAUGGAUGAUACUUGGAUGUGUAAUCACAAGUCCAACAUUACCACAGUCGAUGAUCAAGGAGUAAUUCACUACUGGGAUUAGUACGGAUAUGAAAUUAAAUAGUAAUGUGGAUGCAACACUUGUGAAGACAGUUGUGACAUUAAUUCAAUUUUAUACGAACCCACUGGAGUAUUAUAUGGGUUUGAGACAUCUUAUGUACUAUUUACUUGGCUAUUUGCAAUAUUAUUUGCACUUGGUAUUACAAUAAUCAGAAAAUAUCAAAAAAAUAAAGAAACUAUUGAGAACUUAGAUAUCGGUUUAAUUACAAGUUGAGUUUUUAUGCAUAUAAAUUAUUUUCCUUUCAAUUGUUAUCCUUAUA